ACACACUUUUCCCCAAGCAGUGAUAGCAAACUGAUGCCUGAUGGAGUCCAAGAAACGGUUGGGAUUGAAGCUUCCAAUCCCUGUGCAAAAUCAGAGGGCGCCUCUGCCAAAGCCUCUUCCAUUACCCCUUCCUCCCAAACAAGGCGUACAGCUCUCUGAUUUGGAAAGAGUGGGAAAUCUCGGGCAUGGUAGCGGAGGCAUUGUGUACAAGGUCCUCCACCCUAAAUCCUCCACCUACUAUGCCCUCAAAGUUAUCCGCCUGGACCAUGAUUCCUCCCUCACUUCCCACAUCAACAGGGAGAUGGAGAUCCUUGGGAAAAUUGAUUCUCGCUACAUUGUCAAAUGUAAGGGUGUCUUUCACCAUGGGGGGGACAUUAAUUUUGUGCUGGAAUACAUGGAUGGAGGCUCCCUUGCCGAUUUGUUAAAGCACAAGACAAAGAUGACUGAGUCAUCCCUGGCAAAGAUCGCCAGGCAAGUACUGGAGGGAUUGAAAUACCUUCAUAAAGAGCUGAUUGUUCACAGAGACAUUAAGCCCUCUAACCUCUUGAUUUGCGAGAAUCCCAAGAGAAUCAAAAUUGCAGACUUCGGCGUGAGCAGGAUUUUAUCACAGACCACAGAUCCCUGCUGCAGUUCCUAUGUGGGAACAUGUGCUUACAUGAGCCCCGAAAGAUUCGAUCCGCAGAGCCAUGGCGGAAGAUAUAAUGGGUAUGCAGGGGAUAUCUGGAGCUUGGGAUUGACACUGUUGGAAUGCUAUUUGGGUCAUUUCCCGUUUGGAGCAGAUGGAGAGCAAGCAGAUUGGCCUACACUGAUGUGUGCCAUAUGUUUUGGAGAGCCGCCCUCUGCACCCGCCAGUGCAUCUGCGGAGUUUCAAAGUUUUAUCAGAUGUUGUCUUGAAAAGGACGCAGGUAAAAGAUGGACUGCCUCGCAGCUUCUCAACCAUCCAUUCGUCAACAGAACUUCACAAUUUCAGCAGCCCUGCAAUCCGUCAGCGCCCUUCCAUUCUCUCAAUAUCUCACAGAAAUACAGUUUUUGCAAGGGGAAUUAGAUUGAUCAAUCAGUGGCGGUAGGAAUUUUGCCUUGAGUGGUUGAUACACAAAAACCAGAUCAGAUACGAACAUUCUAUUGUAAUUUCUCGAGAUUUUGAAUCUAAUUCAUUUAUUUUUCUAA